AGGUUGAACCAACUCCACCAUCGCUCUCGGUCACUGAUUCACUUGUCCAAUACGAAUGGCUACCACAAGCAAGCAAUACAUCGCUCGGGGAGAGGACUUGUGGAAAGGCAGAACAGAGAAAGUCAAUGCCGAACUCUUUGCUCUGACCUAUGGUGCCCUUGUCAUUCAACUCAUCCAAGACUAUGAAGAUUAUUCGGAGGUGAAUAAACAACUGGAGAAAAUGGGGUACAAUAUUGGUACACGAUUGAUCGAAGAUUUUCUUGCAAAAAGUGGGGUAGGGAAAUGUGCGGAUUUCAGAGAAGUAGGGGAAGUGGUAGCCAAGAUUGGAUUCAAAUCAUUUUUGAACAUCGCCCCGACGGUUACACACGCUGCAAGGCCUACCAGUACAGGAGCUACUAGUGCACCUGGAUCGCAAACUCAAAAUUCAAACACAGGAUCGGCAUUUACCUUGACGUUCGACGAGAAUCCGUUAGCGGAAUUCGUUGAGUUACCUGAUGAGGCGCUCGACGGCGGACUAUGGUUCAGUAAUGUAUUGUGUGGGGUACUCAGGGGGUCACUGGAAAUGGUUCAAAUGCAAGUCAAAGCAGAGUUCGUGUCAGACGUGUUGAGAGGAGACGAGACGACAGAAAUAAGGGUGACUUUGAUCAAACAGCUGGAGGAGGAAGUCCCGGUUGGAGACGAUUAGAGGCCACGUCAGCUUACUGUGUUUACUAUGUGCAGCAUCACUACCUGCUCAAGCAGACAGCUGGAUUUGGUCAAUUCCACCUAAUUCCAACCAAGCGUAACGAAAUUCGUUGUGUACACCAACUACUUCGAGUGGAUCAGAAUGUCUGACUUUCGACAAUUCGAUAUGGGCAAAUCUACUCGCAUUCUCGAAAGCGCUUCAAGGAGAACUCGACCAGGAUCGUGGAUUCAGCGGAGCCGUCGCCCUGAUGUCAAAUAAAGUAUCAAGAUUGGCGAUGGACGGUGAAUCAAGCAGGCUUUUAGUGACCACUGGAUGCGGAAAACGGUAUAAAAGUCCUGAUUCGCUAUCCGCAGUUGCCACGAAGACGGAUUCAGCUGCGGUCGCGAUGUCUCGAGGAAUCCUCUCAAUGCCAAUUUCAAGUUACGGGUGGGGUGAACCUUCUCAAUUCCAACCAUUACAACACCACUCUCGAGUCUACCUCGGCCAGAAAGAAGUGGCGAGACGAGAACGUGAGUUGCUCUAUAGAUAUUCCCCGUUUUUUUCGUUCCCAUGUUUCCA